CGGCAACAUAUAAUUAACGUAUUGGUAGAAUAAUCCUUCUAUUUUCAGUCAAGUCAAUUCGUGUUAGAUGUAUGUACUACCAAUUCAUACAUGUAUAGAGUCACGAUUCCAUGCCCUUUUUAAAAAAGUAGAAUGGAUAGCCAUAAAGCCAGUAGCGAUUGUUGAACAAACAUCUUUCUUGUUUUUCUACCGUUUCUUUCUCUUCUUCUUCUUCCUUUCAAUUGUGGGUUGCAGUUGUUUUUAUUUUUCUCCCUUUUUCUUCUUUGAAUAACAACAAUGUCAACUGUGUCUGGAGAACAGCACGAGCAAGAUAGGAUAUCACGACAACGACAUGAACAAGAGGGCGUUGAUGACAAUGAUCACCGACAUCAACACCGAGAGCGACGUUCAUCAAUAACAUCGAUCACCAACAAUACAGCUCCGCCACCAACUUACCAUUACAGCCAAGGAGGGGUACGUUAUUACGAUGACGAUGGGAUGAGCUAUAGUGGCUCAGAAGACCGGUUCUCAUUUUCAUCCAAUGGAUCCGCCAAUUCCUCGACACGAAGACCAGGAGAAAAACUACCGAAGACCCGAGAAAAAUACAGCUCGAGUAGUUUUGUUCAGACAACAUUCUUCCCUAUUAUAAACAUGAUUGUGACCGUCGCUUUGAUCGGUGUUAUGAUUAUGGUGUAUAUUCGUGCCAAUGGCCAAACGAUUGGCACCACACAAGCUGGUAUGGCUUACCCCACUGUAAUGGCACUUGUCGUAACCAUUCUUGUCACAUUCAUCAGUGGAGGAAUUGGAUAUGCUGUUUCUGAAUACAAGUGGCUGCGUUUUCAGAAACAGGAAAGUCAGUUGAGCCUAAUGGAUGUAUAUGAUUCAUGUUCACGCGGUAUAGGCGGUGUUUUACGAGUGAUUUUAUUUUUAAAGUUCGAUAGCGUAAUUAUUGCAACAAUCAUAUUCUCGCUCGGUCUAUUAGCGAUUCCACCUGCUGCACAGCAAGUUUUGCAUUCACACACACCGACUCCAACCCAAAUCUGCGAAGAAGAUAGUUAUUACUAUCCUCUUGCAAAUUCAAUUGAAUCCGGCGAGCAGACCACCUAUCAAUAUCGCUCAAACGAUCCACGUUCUAUCAAAGGACUUAUGCAACACAGUGAAAUUCAAUUCUAUAUGAAACAGUACAUGCUGAAUGUGUCAGUGCAAGCCUCACUCUCAUGCGCUCCGGAUGCUAUCAACUGCACGUUUCCCUUUCUGACAACGCCACAUGUUACCAUGGAGUGUGAGCCAGGCAGUUGGGACACACAAAUAGUUGACCGAAUUUCCACACAUGUAUUAUGCUGGAUCAAUGUACAACCGCACCUAUUACGAUCUCAACAACAUUACCGAUUUUCCGUAUCAAGCCAGCGAUAAUUAUACGAUGGACUUUUUACCCGAAGUGCGCAACCAGAUUGGUGACCAGACGUUUGUCCUUUUGACCGAUAGAGGAGGUGUUGUCCGUCGCAUUGGUGGCGAUUAUCCCGAU